UGUAUUUAAUUAGAUUUCCCUUGAAAUGUACAGAGGUAUUGAUUAUGGUGUAGCAAAUAAUGACAUUCCUGAAAAAGCUGAAGACUUGCCUCUAUUGUUCAAACAGAUAUGCCAACCUAAGAGUGACUCACUUCUGCAAGCUGCAAUUAUGGUGCUGAUGCUCUCAGUCAAGAAUGCUUGCAAAGUGGGUUGGUUUUCGGAUAGAGAGACUAAUGAGCUUCUCAAACUUGCCAAUGAUGUAGGAAGUUGCUUUUGUAGCCCAGGAGGUAUUAACAUUGGACCUAGCAAUUUGUAGGCAAAUGUUUCAGAAAUUAUGUCUCGGUAUGCAGUUCUACUCUGCCUAAAUUUAUUUGUUAUAAUUAAAUAUACCAGUUUUAAGUUA